AUGUUCCGUCAAUCAGCUCAGAGGUUAGUUGUUCGUUACCAAUCAUCAGUUGCUAAAACUGCACCAAAGCCAUUAUCGGUCGCCUACGUAGGUAAAUUAGAAACUAGAUGGGAAGGCUUACCGAAGGAAGAUCAAACUCAGUUGAUAGAUGAGUUGAAGGCUAGAAUGGAAUUACCUUGGCAAGAAUUGACACCAUCUGAAAAAAGAUCCGCUUAUUAUAUUUCGUUUGGUGAAUGGGGACCAAGAAAGCCAUUAUAUGGACCUGGUGACAGAGCCAAAGUUGUUUAUGGUGUACUUGGUGGAAUUGGAUUGGCUGUUUUAUUGUUUGCAGGACUUAGAUCUCUUGCAGCUCCAGAUCCAACUACUUUGAAUAAACAAUGGCAAGAGAAAUCUGAUGAAUACUUGAAGUCCAAAAAUGCCAAUCCUUUCACAGGUUAUUCUCAAGUUCAAUAA